AUGUUCAGCAAGCUCUUCGUUGCCGUUGCGAUCGCUCUCGGUGUUGCGUCUAGCGUCAUCGCUGCCCCUGGCACCGCCUUUCCUCCACUUUCCGAGGCCGUCAAGAGGGAUCUCAUGGCCCGCGACCCUUCUGAGUACGAAGUGUACGGUCUCACCAACACCACUGCCCUCGGUGCUAGAGCUCCUCCCAGCAAUCUCUACGGCAUUCAAGAGCGCUGCACCGCUUCUCGUUGCUUUAGCUUCACCUUUGACGACGGACCUUACACCAAGCACCAGGCCGUUGCCGACCGUCUGAACAACGAGGGCUACAAGGGAACGUUUUUCGUCAAUGGCAACAACUACAGGUGAGUGGUGUAUCGGUGUGCGCUUGCGGAAUGUAGUACGUCGUCUCACGCAUUGACGCGCUCCGUACUUGCUGCUCGCCCCCGCCGCCGAUCCCGCCACGCAGGUGCAUUUACGACGAGCCCCAGGUGCAAGCUCUCAAGUACUCUUACGCGCAGGGUCACGAGAUUUGCUCGCACACUUGGUCGCAUCCCCACCUGAACUCGCUGAGCAAUGAUCAGAUCGACGGUCAGAUUCAGUUCGUCGAAGAUGCCCUGUACAAGAUUCUUGGUGUUGUUCCUGCUUGCGUGCGCCCUCCCUACGGUGAAGCCAACCAGCGCGUGGUGGACCACCUGAACAACCGCUGGGGACUGGUGGUGGUCAACUGGAACUUUGACACUCAGGACGCAUCUGGUGCCUCUGUCAGCCAGAGUCUGGAUGUCUACCGCGGCAUCAAGGCCCCCAAGCACGCUAUCGUCCUCAACCACGAGACCGUUUCCACCACUCCCGACAACUUGCUGCCCAAGGCCAUCAACAUUGUGAAGCAAAACGGCUACGUCCCCCAAAACGUUCAGACGGUGGCUACCAAUUUGAGGUACAAUCCUUACAAGGUUGUUGGCACGCCCGGUGUGCGCGACAGCACCUGGACCUGCGCCGGCAAGCCUCAACCAGGAUCUGCUUGA